UCCUCCUUAUAAACCCUCAUGUCCCUCCUCCACCCAGUCCAAGGCCACAAGCCCUUUCUUCCUCUUCAUCUUGAUCUUGAUCCUCUUCUUGAUCUUCUACUUCUUCUUCUUGGUUUCACUUGGCAUCCGUUUCCAUGGAUCACAUGCAGCAGCAGCAGCGGCAGCAGGUGGGUGGAGGGGGAGGAGAGGAGGUGGCGGGGAGGGGUGGUGUGCCGGUGUGCCGGCCGAGCGGGACGAGGUGGACGCCGACGACGGAGCAGAUCAAGAUCCUGCGGGAGCUGUACUACAGCUGCGGCAUCAGGUCGCCCAACUCGGAGCAGAUCCAGCGGAUCGCCGCCAUGCUGCGCCAGUACGGCCGCAUCGAGGGCAAGAACGUCUUCUACUGGUUCCAGAACCACAAGGCCCGCGAGCGCCAGAAGAAGCGCCUCACCACGCUCGACGUCACCACCACCACCGCCGCCGCCGCCGACGCCGACGCCAGCCACCUCGCCGUCCUCUCCCUCUCGCCUACAGCAGCUGGCGCGACGGCUCCCUCUUUCCCGGGCUUCUACGUCGGCAAUGGCGGCGCCGUGCAGACGGAUCAGGCCAACGUCGUCAACUGGGACUGCACCGCCAUGGCAGCCGAGAAAACCUUCCUGCAGGACUACAUGGGCGUGAGCGGCGUCGGUUGCGCCGCCGGGGCGGCCCCGACGCCGUGGGCGAUGACGACGACGACUCGCGAGCCCGAGACGCUUCCACUCUUCCCAGUCGUCUUCGUCGGCGGCGACGGCGCGCAUCGUCACGCCGUCCACGGCGGUUUCCCGUCCAACUUCCAGCGCUGGGGUUCUGCUGCUGCUACCUCCAACACCAUUACGGUCCAGCAGCAUUUGCAGCAGCACAACUUUUACAGCAGCAGCAGCAGCCAGCUGCACAGCCAGGAUGGGCCGGCAGCAGGCACAUCCCUGGAGCUCACUCUCAGCUCCUACUACUGCUCAUGCUCACCUUACCCUGCAGGGUCCAUGUGAUAGAGCUGUUUUGCCUUCAUGCCAUGAUGCCAACUGCUUGAUGAGAAGAACAGUGUGAGUGUUUCUGAUUGAGAGAGCAAUGGUGUCCAUGUCCUAGCUACUAGAGAGCUUAGCUAGAAGGAAGCAUAUAUAGAAGCAUGUCUGAAAGAUACUAUAUUUAUAUAGCUAGGGAGUAUGCAGCAUUAUAACAUGCAUGCUGCCUGUAGAAUGCAGUGGUCCUCAACUGGUAGUGCACUGCAUGCUAAGUUGCUACUACUAACUACAC